AUGAAACCAAUACCUGCGCCUCAUUUGCUGUUGGUGUCACCGUCACUAUGUUCUGCGAACACAUUUAAAACUCCAACUGUCCACGGCGCCAAGUUCUUGUCAUUGGAAGCCACUCUUGUCAGCAAUUAUUCUGCUCAUAUUCCUUUAGGAUACUACAUGAACAAUGGGGCAGUAAAUGUGACGGACGUCGCCUUUUGCAAUAUCACAGUCUCCUACACCCAUCCAGGAGAGAAUGACAUCGUCCACGUUCAGAUCUGGAUGCCUAGCGAUCACUGGAAUGGACGAAUGCAAGGUAUUGGUGGUGGAGGAUAUUCUGCUGGACUUUUCGAAUUGUCAUUCGUCGGAAUGACUGCUGCGGUCGGCGAAGGCUAUGCGGCAGUCUCCACUGACGCUGGACUAAGUUCUCGAGACCCCAGGACCUGGGCACUUUUAAGCCCUGGCAAUGUCAAUUUGUAUCUCCUCCAAAAUCUUGCAUCAGUGUCUCUCAAUGAUGCAGCUCUCAUUGGAAAAGCAAUCAUUCAAGAAUUCUACGGCCAAUCCCCUGUAUACUCCUAUUGGCAUGGAUGCUCUCAAGGAGGCCGGCAGGGACUCAUGCUUGCUCAACGCUAUCCUGACGCGUACGACGGUGUCGCAGCUGCAGCUCCAGCAAUCAAUUGGAGCGAAUUCGGUAUUUCAGAUUACUGGCCAACCUUCUUCAUGGACCAACUUGGCAAAUACCCUUUUCCAUGCGAGCUUGAUGCUCUCACAGCCGCAGCUGUCCAAGAAUGUGACGGAAAUGACGGCGUACUUGAUGGAGUGAUAACGGAUCCCAGCCUUUGUACGUUCGACCCAAAAACUAUGAUUGGGAAGGUCAUCGAUUGUCGCGAUACUGGAGGGCCUUUGAAAAUAUCUUCUGUCGCUACAACCGUUGUAGAAGUAUCAUGGAAUGGGCCUCGCAGCGUGGACAACUCGUCGCUUUGGUACGGGAUGAGUCAAGAUGCCGUCUUGACGGGAGCAAGGGGAAUUGCUGGCACUUCAUGUACGAAUGAGACGUGUACUCGAUCUCCUUUCAUCCUGUCUGAAGACUGGAUCAAGCUAUUCAUUCUCAAGAACUCGUCUGCGGACUUGUCCACUAUGUCUCAUGCAGACGUUGAUCACAUAUUCCACGCCUCGGUUCAGGAAUAUCAUUCUAUGAUCGGAACAGCAGACCCUGAUAUUCGCGAGUUCCGAGACAAAGGAGGGAAGAUGAUCACUUACCAUGGAUUGGCGGAUGAGGUUAUACCACCGAUGGGCUCGAAGCAUUACUAUGAUUCCGUCACUUCCCUUGACCCCUCUGUCCACGAUUACUACCGUCUCUUCUUUGCACCAGGUAUAGCUCAUUGUUUUGGAGGAAGCGGUGCAUAUCCAGAUACCACUUUCGCUGCUCUUCGCCAGUGGGUUGAAAAUGGAACAGCUCCAGAUGUUCUAAAUGCUACGAGUAUUUCUUACACUCGUAGCGUGACAUUUAGCAGACCCCUCUGCCCAUAUCCACAGAAGCAGUAUUAUGAUGGAACUGGCGAUGUGAAUUCUAGGGAAAGCUUUUAUUGCAAGUAGAUAUCUCCUAUGUUGGAGAGCCUCUCAUAAGAUGGUUUCAUUCCUGUCGAACUUAAAUUGACAGGUUCUUGGGUGUCAUCAUCAACUCAGUACAUAUACUUGAGUAAAGUCCUACCAAACAAGUAAUUUUGAUUAACUUUUGUGUGGGGUUUCUGUGCAAAAAUUGGAAUGUAACAAAUUGCUGGAAGUUCGGAAGCGAAAUAGUAUGAGAAACCAUAAAUG